AUGAUCGACGACCUGCCCAUCGCGUCUUUGAAUAUAGCUCAACAGAAUGAUAUCAAUUUGUCCUCAAAUUCAAUAGGCGGGUCAAACGAGUCAUUGGUUUCAUUAGAUGAAUACUUGAGCAACACCCUGCCUUUGCACUUGCAGCGCCUAUUUCUGGAUAACCUUCAGAAGCGGGAACAGGAGAUUUUGGAUAAUGCCUCCAAAUCUCUGAUGAAUGCUGUCAAUGACUCGCAGCAAUACUCAAUACCAGAUGGACUCCAUCUAUCUCUAAAGACUAGUUAUAUUGACCCAAGACAGAGUUCUUUCUCCUCAUGGUCGUUCGCGCAGGGCCUCAUUUUAGGACAGGUAAGCGUCAUAUUGGUGCUCAUUUUCUUCAUCAAGUUCUUUGUUUUCAGCGAAGGGCCAUUAAAAUCAGAUGGACCGAAAAGUGGCAAGCCAAGCAGCUCUGAUUUGGAUUUUGGAAAACCACACUUAUCCCCGGUGUCGACCUCCCAUUUUCUAUCUUCCAUUAUCCGCCGACAUAGAAACGAAGGAGUUGAGGGCUCAGAGGAUAUCGACAGUCCCAAGUUUUCACAAAUCGACACCAUCUUGGAGAAAACUUACUAUAACGUAGACACGCACUCGCCCGAGACACUAGAUUGGUUCAAUGUGCUCAUUGCUCAAACAAUUCAACAGUUCAGAGAGGAGGCUCUGCAGAAAGACAACAUUGUUCACUCACUAAAUGACUUCGUGUCACGAAGAUCAGAAGAACUGCCGCAGUAUCUGGACACUAUUAAAAUUACAGAGCUUGACAUAGGAGAGGAUUUUCCCAUUUUCUCCAAUUGUCGCAUACAGUACUCACCAAACUCAAACAAGCAACGACUGGAGGCCAAGAUAGAUAUUGACUUGAGCGAUCGUCUGGCUUUAGGCAUAGAAACGAAGCUCUUGAUCAAUUAUCCCAAGACUUUUGCAGCUGCUUUGCCUGUUCAGUUGACUGUCUCAGUUGUCCGUUUCCAAGCUUGUUUGACGGUGUCCUUGACUAGCGCAGAAGAGUUCACGUCCACGGCGGAAGACGGUGCAUCUUAUGAAACCGACAAUGGUAGCGGCUACUUUUUGAUGUUUUCCUUUUCUCCAGAAUACCGGCUAGAAUUUGAUAUUGAGUCUCUAAUUGGUGCGAGGUCGAAGCUGCAAAAUAUUCCAAAGAUAGGAAGUCUCAUCGAAUAUCAGAUAAAAAAAUGGUUCGUAGAGAGGUGUGUGGAGCCGCGCUUUCAAUUUAUAAAGCUACCAAGCCUGUGGCCCAGAAGUAAAAAUACUAGAGAGGAGAAGCCAGAAAAUGAUGAUAUGUCUAUGAAGUCAACUGAUGCCCAAAACAAUUGA